AUGUCCGCCGGUAUCGCCAAGGGCCGUUUGAGUGAGGAGCGCAAGGCUUGGCGCAAGGAUCACCCGAUUGGUUUUUAUGCCCGGCCAACCUCCAAAGGUGACGGUAGUUCCGACAUGUUUACGUGGGAAGCGGGUAUUCCCGGCAAAAGUGGUACCGAUUGGGAAGGGGGUCUGUUCAAAGUCCGGAUGGAAUUCUCGGAAGAGUAUCCGUCACGACCGCCCAAAUGCAAGUUUUUUCCUCCGCUGUUUCAUCCCAACGUCUAUCCAUCGGGGACAAUAUGCUUAUCAAUUUUGAACGAGGAAGAAGGUUGGCGCCCCGCAAUUACAAUUAAGCAGGUAUUGACGGGUAUUCAGGACUUGCUGGAUGAUCCCAAUCCAGAUUCGCCGGCACAAUCGGAAGCAAUCAAUCUUUUCCUGAGCAACAAAGCGGAGUAUAAACGACGUGUCAAGAUUGAAGCUCGUAAGAAUCAACCCCAAAACUAACUGUAAACAAUCGAUGUGUGUGGGGAGAAAAUAGCGGAAAGAAACGGUAACUAUCUUUUGUUGAUGACGAAGGUCAAGGAAGUAUGUGGCGAGACAAUGUCAAGCUUUUACGCUUGGCCUAGCAGCGGACGGUGCACUUGAGUGCGCAUCGUCCACGGAACGCCGCUGUCCUGGGUCCUUGACAUUGGACUUUUGCCUAACGACCUCAUUGAGACUUUAAAAUAGAUUUGCGUCGUUUUAAGGU